UCAAUUCAAUUCAAAGGUGUUUGGUGAACAAUUGGUUAGAUUUGGAAAAUCUGACAUCUUUAAUAAAAUCCUCUAAGUUUAUAGAUAUUCCACUUGUUGUGCAAAAUCUAUCAACUUUGUCUAACGUAAUUGAGGUGAAUUUGGGUGUGCAGUAGCAGGGCAGAGAUGGGUUCAGAUCAGAAAGUACAUGUAUUUGAGGAGGUUGCCAAACACAACAAGACCAAAGAUUGUUGGCUUAUCAUCAGCGGAAAGGUAAGUGACUUACUUACAUUCAUGGAAGAUCAUCCAGGUGGUGAUGAAGUUUUGCUUUCUGCAACAGGGAAAGAUGCAACAAAUGACUUUGAAGAUGUCGGCCACAGUGAUGAUGCUAGAAAGAUGAUGGAUAAAUAUUACAUUGGAGAAAUUGAUGCAUCAACAGUUCCCUUGAAACGUACUUAUGUCCCACCACAACAAGCCCCAUACAAUCCAGACAAGACUCCGGAAUUCGUUAUCAAAAUCUUGCAGUUUCUUGUGCCCCUCUUGAUUUUGGGUUUAGCUUUUGUUGUGCGACACUAUACCAAGGAGAAGUAAACCCUUUGCAUUCUAAUUUGGAUUGUCAGAAAAGUCAAAUGAAACACCUGGUUUAUAGUUCAUUAUGGUGCUACAAUAUCUGAACUUGAUUAAUUGUACUUUGUAUGAGUUGCACAGUGGCCAUUUGUAGUGCAUCCUGUAAACAAUGAACUUUACCGAGCUUAUGUUUAUGAUGAUAUUUGAGAUACGCCCUUUUUCAUUU